AUGUCGAGUCCGUACCACGUCAACGGCGCUGAUCCUGCAGCGUCGGCCUCCACAGACUCGCAGCCGCAGCAGCCUUUGUCUGGGUCGUACCAUGCACACCGCUCCAACACGGGUCAGUCCGAGGGCAACAGCUCCUACUAUUCCAACACUACCGACACCUCGGAUGACCUCAACCGCGCCACCGCAGACAUGAAUCUCGCCGCAUCUUCCAAUCCGGGUUCAGACUUGCAACGGCCGUCUGCUUCAGCCUACCCUGCCGCCCUUCCCAUGUCGCAGUCGCGUUCGCAGGACCCAAGCACUGUUCUCACGACGUCCGACCAAAAUUCGACCCAACAAUCGCUGCAUCCUUCCACCUCUUUCGCCAAUGGUGUCGCGACGGAUUCGGGCAGUUCCCGCAAUCGCGCAGACAUGGACAGAAUCAAGAGUCGCGCCGUAGAUCCAGGCUGGAGCUGGGAGAGGGAAAGGGAAAAGCACGAGCCUGCAGGCUCCCUCCGCUCCAACAGCAUCGAGUCCAGACCUAGCCUGCCUUCGCGCGGCUCCUCUCGUCCUGCGCCCCGUCUCGAUACCAACAGCCUUCCCAGAACACACGCUGGCUCAGAUCCCGCACCCGCCAGUGGCUCGGGUGUCCUCUCCAACGUCGCUUCGCCUCAAACCCUUCAGGCGCCUUUCAAUCCUAUCACCGGCGGGGCCGCCUCGCCCAGUAUGGCCUCGUCUGGCCCAUCGACGAACGCUCCGCUAUCUGCAGCCAGCUCUUCCGCACCCAUGUCCGAUCAGCAACGAUCGGGUCAGCCAUCGACCUCCUCCGGCAUUUCUUCCAGGCGGCGCGAUCAGACCUGCCAGGCGUGUGGCAAGGUCAUGACCGGUCAGUUCGUUAGAGCGCUUGGCAGUGUCUACCACCUCGAUUGCUUCCGAUGCAACGACUGCGACAAGGUCGUCGCUGCCAAGUUCUUCCCUGCCACCGACGAUAUGGUCGACUCCUCCGGCACAGGUCGCCUCUUUCCUCUCUGCGAGACCGACUACUUCCGCCGCCUCGACCUCAUUUGUGCAAAGUGCAGCGGCGCUCUUCGAGGCAGCUACAUCACCGCGCUCGGCAAAAAGUUUCACGUCGAACACUUCACCUGCUCCGUCUGCCCCACCGUGUUUGGACCGCAGGACAGCUACUACGAGCACGACGGCAGCGUCUUCUGUCACUUCCACUACAGCACGCGCUUCGCCAUCAAGUGCACAGGCUGCAAGACCGCCAUCCUUAAGCAAUUUGUCGAGAUCAACCGUAACAACACCGAUGAGCACUGGCAUCCAGAGUGCUACAUGAUCCACAAAUUCUGGAACAUCAAGCUCUGCCCGACCGGGUCGACCCCCAAGGACGGCGCCGCAGCGUUGGCUCAUGUGGCUGCUGCCGACAACGAGACCGACAGCCCUGCGCUGCAGCAGUCGGCCAGUCAGGAGGACGCCGUCGAAUCCGCCCCGGGUCAAGCUGCUCCUUCGCGUUCCGAGCCAUCACCCGACGCCACCGAGAUUGAGGCCUCAGAGACACCUUCGAGCCUCAAGCAAAAGCAGAAACAGAUGGAAGAGCGCGUCUAUCGCAUCUGGACCGUGUUGUCCGCUUUCGAAGAAAGCUCGGCGGCGUGCAUCUCCGAGAUGCUUCGCCAUGUCAGCAGCGGCCGCUAUCUCGGCGGCGUCAGGAUGGCGGAGAAGUUUAUCCUACACGUCGAGAUCCUCUUUUCCGCCAUCGACGACCUCGAAGCCAACUUCCGCAAGGAGGAGGCAAAAGGAGUCUCGCACAUUCGCGAGGCCAGGAUGCUGUGCAAGAAGAUCGUCAACUUCUUCUCCUUGCUCUCGCAUACCCAAGAGACCGGGGCGAGAAGGAUGGGCAUCACUCAGGAGCUUCUUUCGCUCGUGACGGGCCUCGCGCAUUACCUCAAGAUCCUCAUUCGUAUCGCUUUGACCGGCGCACUCAAGCUUGACCGAGAGUUCGGCAACGAAGAGGCUCUGCACUGGUUCCUCAGUCAGCUCGCUUUCUCGGCCAAGCUCGGCAGCAUCACCGCCGAUGACAAGCAGGGCACGCAGCAGCCCAACACCAGCACGGUGGGUCCCGAUGGCAAAUGGUACGGCUACCGCUCGCUCCCUCGCUCCACCAGCUCUGGCUCGAGCGAGAACGGCGAGGCAGCCACCGAUCUCUGCGUCGCGUGCGGAUCCACGGUCGAGGAGGAGUGUCUACGCAUGGGCGUCAACCUGCGAUGGCAUUCCAACUGCCUCAAGUGUACGACAUGUCAGCGACCUGCUCUGCGCGACGGAGCUUCGACGCGCAAGCAGCCGGAUCCCGUUCCAGGCGCACCUGAACCGUUGCCAGCCUCCGAGUACGGCCUCGAGUCGAAACGUAGACAGCCCGAGGGCGCCGGUAUGCAAAGCGGUUCACGUUCCAUGUCCGCCGGCUCGUGGUUGUACGCCUGCUUCUGCCCCAAUUGUGCGGGAGCCCAGCAGCUGCGCACGGGCUUCGAGUCGGUGACAAGGCUAGAGCAGUACGCCUUCCUCUUGCGAGUUGCGCUCAAUCGUCUGUUCGCGCUGCUGCGCAAGCGUGGUGUGGUUCCGCCGUCCCCUCCAGUGUCGGCAUCUCGCCAGAUGGGAUUGACUGAUGCCUCGACGUCGGAUGCAGCGUCGCCCGCGGAUGGCGACGAUGAAGUAUCGAUGCACGAGGCGUACCGAGAUUCGCAAGACAUCAAGCGCAUGAAGUCGGUCAACCUCAAUCGCAAGUUGUCCACCAAGGCGAAGGUGCCACGCAUCUCGACUGUGGUCGGCAGCCCGUCUGGACGCCAGACGCAGACCUCCGACAUGCAGAAACCGUCGCCCUCGGACACUGGCCUGCAAUACGACAGCAGACACUCGCCUCGCCAAGCUAGUCCCGGCUCAUCGCCACGGGAUGCCAGCUCGCCGUUCCAGCGCGAUGCUGGUUCUUCUCGCGAGCCUUCGCCAUCGAGUCGGGCACCUCAAGCACAACCACCGCAGGGCUACCAGCAACAGCCGCACAAGCAACAGCAGGUGUUCCAGCCGGUCCAGCAGCACUUGCCAUUCGCGCUGCCUCCUCAGCAGCAACCUCCGCAGCUCGGCGCCGGUUCUGCAGGCCGUGCAAGCUCGCCCUCGCACAUGGAGCCUGGCUCGAUUGUACCUAUCCGACCUGCGUUUGCCCGUCACAACACGGACGUCAAGAUUCGCGAAGACGGGCCCAUGCGCCAGCCUUCUGGGGACGAGAUUCAGCGCGACACGAGGAGCGAAGAUGGCAUCACGCUUGCCGACAUUCCGCACAUCUUGGAGGCUGAGCAGGCGCGAGAGCAGCAUCGACCGCUUCCGAGCGAAGGCACGCGAUGCAUUUCCGAGCUGUCGGCUCUGGAGCUCUUCAUCGUCAAGCACAUGGCCGUCAUGUACCUGCAGCAGUCGGCGCUACGCGACCACGUCAACCUGGACGAUCUGAUCGAGUUCAUCGAGACGCGCAAGAACACCUUCUGGGGCAAGAUCUUCAAGGGCGGAAAGGACAAGAAGGAGAUCAAGAAGAAGGGCGUGUUCGGCAUCCCUCUCGAGAUCCUAGUGGAGCGAAAUGGAGCUGAUUCGACCUUGGGCGCCAGCGCCGCGCAUCUCCGCGUGCCGUCGUUCAUUGACGACGUGAUCUCGGCCAUGAAGCAGAUGGACCUGUCGGUCGAGGGUAUCUUCCGUAAGAACGGCAACAUCCGUCGACUCAAGGAGCUUUCGGAGGCGCUUGAUCGUGACAGCUCGACGGUGAAUCUGCUGGACGACAACCCGGUGCAGUUGGCGGCGCUGCUCAAGAAGUUCCUGCGCGAGCUUCCAGAUCCGCUCAUGACUUUCAAGCUGCACAAGCUGUUUGUCAUGUCGCAGAAGCUCGAGUCCGAGGCGGAGCGACGUCGUAUCCUGCACAUGGUCACCAUCUUGCUGCCCAAGGGCCACCGCGAUACCAUGGAGGUGCUGUUCGCUUUCCUGAAGUGGGUCGCCUCGUUCUCGCAUAUCGACGAAGAGACGGGAAGCAAGAUGGACUUGCCCAACUUGGCGACCGUGAUCUGUCCCAACAUUCUGUACAGCAAAGGCAGCGAUCCCACCAAGGACGAGACGUUCCUGGCCAACCGAGCCGUCUCGUAUUUGCUAGAGCAUCAGGAUGAGAUCUGGAAGGUGCCCGAGGAGCUCGAAGCGGUGCUGCAGGAUAAGGACCUUAUGAACGCAUCGGCGGAUCUGACAUCGCGCGACAUUCUCAAGAAGUGCGAAAAGUACGCCAAGCAGCGACAGAUGCGCGGCGGUGUCGGCAUGGGGCGCAACGGCAGCGGUGCUGGUGGACCACUUCACUCGGGCGAGCUUCAGAAUCGUCACCGACCGGACGUUCAUCCGCCAACGACGAUGCGUCAGGUGCAUCAGAGGGAACAAAUGUUGCACCAGCAGCAGCAACAGCAACAGCAGAACGCACACAGGCAGUACUCGAGCGGCAACGGUGCAACGACGCCUGUAGGGACCGAAUUCUCGCGCAGUCCCGACAAGCAGGGUCCAUGGUCGGCCGGCGCCGUCGCUCCUGCUAGCUUUGGCAUCAGCCCCACAGAGCGUGGACCGAUGAGCAGUCAAGGCAACACACCGCAGAAGCAGGCUGGCUACAAUCAGAAUGGCUACGCUGGCGGUCAACAGCCUUACUACCAGCAGCAGCACCAGCCGCAGAAUAUGAUGCGCAACCAGGGAUCAGGAGGCAGUGCAUCCUUCGGCUCGUACAAUUACCAGCAGCAACAGCAGCAGCAACAGCAGGGCCAGCAACAGUACUCGUCGUCGCAAGACAAUGGCUACACGAGGUUCUAUCGCAACGGCAACGGAAGCGGGAGCAGCGCUGUCGAGCAGCGAUCUACCUAG